UCUCAACUACUUAAACGAACUUUCCAGCAGCUUGUAGAGUAGUGCGAAAAUGUCGUCCGCGGCCGAUCUCGACACGACUGUCUUCGCUGCUAGCAAAAACUUUUACCAGGCUGUGGGAAAAAUUAAAGGGAAUGUUGUUUCAUCGCCCGUCAGCUGCAUUUACGCAUUGGGAAUGCUGUAUGCUGGUUCUAAUAAUCAAACCCGGAAGAUCAUGGCCAAAGCACUGCAGCUUCCCGAGGAUUUGACCGAAACCGCAGCCAAGUUUGAAGCUGUUUCACUUGCCCUAACACAGGGAUUUAAUGGGGUCGAAUUUUCGAUUGCCAACAAGGCAUUUGCGGCAGAGGACAUCAAUAUUCCACUUGAUUACAUUACGCUCAUUUCAAAGUCAUUUUUGGCUUCCGCGGAAAACGCGGAUUUCAAACGUCCAGAGGUGGCCACGGCGAAAAUUAACGAUUGGGUCAAUGCCGAGACCAAAGGAAUGAUCGAGAAGUUGCUUGAUGAGCCUCUGGAAAUUACCACCCGGUUGGUUCUGCUGAACGCCAUGUAUUUCAAAGGCCAGUGGAAAUCGCAAUUCAAGCCAGAGAAUACGAAAAUGACUCAAUAUUAUUGGGGAAACUUCGAUAUCUAUAUGGAAGUGCCCAUGAUGAACAAAGUGGGCAAAUAUCGGCACGCUCUUCUUCCUGAUCUCGACGCCCAGGCCAUCGCCAUACCUUACGAGGGAGACGAUGUGAAUUUGCUUGUGAUUUUGCCCAACAAACCACAUGGUUUGUAUAGCCUAACCGAUAAAAUCGACCAGGUGGAUGAUCUGAAGUCGAUAAUGUCGAAAAUGACCACUAGUGUGCUAGAUGUGUUUUUACCAAAGUUCAAAAUCGAAUCAACCAUCGAGCUUGAACCCCACCUUCGUGAGAUGGGUCUUGCCGAUAUUUUUGAAAAGCCAGAUUUGUCAGGCAUUUCUGCAUCUGAAAACUUGUUUGUUAGCAAAGUGAUUCAAAAGGCAGUGAUCGAGGUGAAUGAGGAAGGAACAGUUGCUUCUUCUUCGACUGUUGUUGACGUCAACUUAAAAUCAAUGAAUGAGUUCCGCUGCGACCAUCCGUUCUUUUUUUUCCUGACCUACCGAGACAAUUUCAGCUUGUUUGGAGGGAAAUUCGAAAAACCCUGAAUGACAAGGUUCAUCUCAUCAUCAGCAUACUUGUUGCACAAAUAUCCUUUAAUGUUUCUAACAAUAAGAGUAAACCACUUUAAUACAAUAACAAUAAUCAAAGUAGAGAGAUCUUGAUUUUUUUAUCGUGAAACAAUCAAUUCCACUAUACAGCACAGAUUAGUUAUGCUUUUCUAUAAAAAUUAUGUUUAAUCUAAGACGUCGUUUAAGUUUGAACAGAUGCGUUCUGGAAACAAUUAUAAGUUAACCCAACAAAUAUUACUCGUCGUCAUUUCAUUUCAUAAUUUUCAAUAAAAAUUUUAGACAAUGCUUUCA